AGGUUGUGUUUGCGGCAGCGUCAUGGCGGCGUACGGUGUGAAUUUUGAGAGCGCAAACAGCAUUAAAUCAAGAAAAGAGUCCAAAAGAGAAGAAAGAGAGCGAGUUAUACAAAAGGCUAAAGAGAAGUUCGAGAAGGAGGAGCGGAGGAAGGCCGAGAGGAAAGCCAGGGGUGAAGACACAUGGAUGCUUCCGGAUGUUGACCUUCGACUACAGCAGAUCGGAGAGGAGCAUACUGUGAAAACCAAGAAAGCUAAAAAGGAGAAGAAAGCAAAGAAGAGUAAGAAAGAGAAGAAGAAAAAAGCCAAGAAAGAGAAAAAAGACGAGGGAGAUGCAUCUUGUGACAGCUCUGAAGACUCAGAGGACGAGUGGGUGGAGGCUACACAACCAUCAGGGGGCAAAGACAAGUCAUUGGAGGCGGAACCAGAGGCCACACCCUCUUCCAGCUCAGCCAGUAAUAACCAAAGAGAUGAAUGGAUGACCUUUGACUUCCUGGCGAUGAAGACGACCUCUGUGGCAGACAGACGAGCGCAGAAAGAAGCAGAGAAAGAGGCAGAGCGACAGAAAGCACAGGCGAUUGAACAGGCUGGUCUUCACAGGUUAGAGUUGAACCCUUACUGGAAGGAUGGAGGAAGUGGUUUGCCUCCAGAGGAAUCCUCCAGUACUGCGGUGAAAAAAGCUGGAGUGGUGAAUGAUGGAGGGGUGAGCUGGCUCCGAAAGUCCUAUCAGAGGAUGAAGGAGCAGGCGGACAGAGAGCAGCGCAGUCUGGAUAGUGUGGUGGCCGAGAGAUAUGGGUCAAUGGAGGAGUUCCAGAAGAGACUAAAAGAGGCAGAAGAUGCUGCGUAUGGAGAGAGGAGAGAUGAUGAGAAGGAGAGAGGGAGGAGAGAAAAAGGGAAGGAGAGCUGGAGGAGAAACGACAGAGAAGAAGGGAGAGAACAAUGGAGGAGAGAUGAAGAAAAGGACAGAUGGAGAAGAAAUGACAGAGACGAAGGGAGAGAAAGGUGGAGGGGAGAUGAAGAUAAGGAGAGAUGGAGAAAAGACGGAUGGAGGAGAGGAGAAAGGGAGGACAGACGGAGAGAAAGAUCUCCAAAUGCUGAGAGAGAGAGAGCGAGAUCUCGUGAUGACCUGUCCAGCAAGUUUCUCAAACCCUCAGAAGAUGAUGAAGUGAGCCGAGGGGCGGGGUUUAAGAAAGGCUCUUCGUCCAAUCAGAGUGCAGCAUUCAGAAAGCCUGUAGAUGAUGUUGAAAUGAGCAGAGAGGCUGGAUUUAAGAAAGGCUCAUCAUCCAAUGAGAACGCAGCAUUCAGAAAGCCUGUUGAUGAUGAUGAUGAAAUGAGCAGAGGGACAGCGUUUAAGAAAGGCUCUUCAUCCAAUCAGAGUGCAGCGUUCAGAAAGCCUGUUGAUGGAGAUGAUGAUGAUGAUGAUGAUGAAAUGAGCAGAGGGGCGGAGUUUAGGAAAAGCUCUUCAUCCAAUCAGAGUGCUGCAUUCAGAAAGCCUAUCGAUAAUAAUAAUGAGGGUAGAGGUGUUGCAGCUGCCUGGAGGAAGAGCAGCGCUGUUAAGGAUUCAGAGAGACCGACCCUGCAGAAACACACAGAGAAGAGCGCCGCCCUGCAGGAGGACAGCAAAACAACUACAACAGUGAGCAGUUCAGAGAGUGAGGAGGAGGAAGAGGAAGAGCUGAUCCUGACAGACGAGGAGAUGAAUAAAUUGGGAGCCAAAAUUGUCAAGGCAGAAAUCAUGGGAAACACGGCUCUGCUGGAGAAACUGAGAGCUCAGAUGGAAGCGGCCCGGCGGGCGAAAGAAAAGCGAGCUCAAAUAAAAGACCAGAGCAAACAGGCAUCUGAACCUGCCGUCUCGGAGAAAGAGGUGUUGCUGUUCAGAACCGACCCGUCAGGACGAGCCUGGCCCGUUAAUGCCCCGUCAGAAACACUGGAGCCCAGAGGAGGACGCAGGAAACGAAAAGCGAUUGAGACUCAUCAGGAUGGCGAGCGCGUGCGAUAUUUCGAUGAUGAUGAUGGUGUGGAUCUGCGAGAGAUGGUCAGACGGGAGAAGAUGAGUUCGGCUGAGGACCAGAACGCUCUUUACUCACGCAUGGCCGCCAAGAUGAUGGGGAGGACGGACGGUGAUAACUACACCUUGGAUGACAUGUUUGUGUCCAGUGCAGCUCAGAAGGAAAGAGCAGGUCGAGACGAGGAAAGGCAGAGAAACAAAGCUGUGCAGGAGACUAGGCGGUUAGCAGGACGCAUGGAGAAAUGCCCACACUGUUUCGACAGUGCUGAACUGCCCAAACACCUCAUCAUCGCCGUCGGAACCAAGGUGUAUUUGUGUCUGCCCAACAGCGUGUCUCUGACUGAAGGUCACUGUUUGAUCGUGCCGGUGCAACAUCACACAGCAGCCACAGGCCUGGACGAGGACAUAUGGGGCGAAAUACAGAUGUUCCGUCGUGCCUUAGUGCGCAUGUUCGAGUCUCAGGAGCUGGACUGUGUGUUUUUGGAGACUCAUAUGAAUCCUAAAAGGCAUCUGCACAUGGUGUACGAGUGUGUGCCAAUGCCCAGAGAGCUCGGUGAUAUGGCGCCCAUUUACUUUAAGAAAGCCAUUAUGGAAUCGGACGAGGAAUGGGCCAUGAAUAAAAAAGUUGUGGAUCUCUCGAAGAGAGACAUCAGACAGGCUGUUCCUCGAGGGUUGCCGUACUUCUCUGUGGAUUUUGGGCUGCAGGGCGGCUUUGCUCACGUCAUUGAGAAUGAGCAGAAGUUUCCACACUAUUUCGGCAAAGAAAUCCUUGGCGGGAUGCUUGAUCUGGAACCGAGACGCUGGCGCAAACCAAUACGAGAGAAUUUCGAUGAUCAGCGUAAAAAGGUUCUGAAGUUCGCACAGUGGUGGAAACCAUUUGACUGCACUAAAAGUGAUAGCUAGCCAAUCAGAGACUGCUUUGCUUCAUUCUGUAUUCUGAUUGGCUGAGCCGUCACAUCAGUAUGACUUUUAAUGCCUGAUUUUUUAUUACUUGUGUAAUACUUGUGUCUGUUUCAGAAAAUAUCCAGAAAGUUGUCCAGAAAGUUUAAAACCAGACUAUAAAAAAGACGCAUUUUAUUGAUGUGUUUCUGAUGCUGUAGAGUUUAGCAUUGUUUCACCAGCUCUUGUCCAGUAAAUUGCAUUAAACUCCAAAUAAAAUAUGACAUGACUUCCA